UAGAAAUCCAACAAGCAAGCUCAAAUUCGUCAUUUUUGAAGUUGUUAAUUGCACCAUGUCAAGAACUUGAAGAAUCUGAAUGGCCUAAAGAUGUUCCGCCAAAACUUCCAAAAAUAAUAUACCUUAUUCGAGUGAUCUCAAUACAUUCUGACUAUUAUGAUAACAAAGAAAAUACAGAACGACUCUUCAUGUAUCUUAGUAAUGAGAUCAUCAGCUACUGCAUCUCAAAGAUUGACAUUAAAAAAAUCCUUAAUGGUCAACCUAGAUUUGGUAUACAAAUUUGUGACAUGUCAAUCGAUUGCUGUUUGGCUUACAAGGAAGUUUUCAAACGAAUUAUUGAGCAAUUUUCGAUGGAAGAUUUUCGUCGUUCAUGGAUGCUUGAUGAAAUCAGAGUAUUCAGUCGCAUUAACAACUUCAUUCAAAGACUUUACGACAUAAUAGAAAUUUGUGAAAGCAUAAUUGUAUUUGGCAGAAUUGAUGAAACAGGAUCGAUUGCGCCAUUGAAAUUUGGAUGCCACAAUGGUCAAGAGUUUUUAAAGAUUUGCGAGGAUAUACAAAUGAAGUUUGAAGCUGCUCUACAUGUUAUAAAAAGUUCCUCAUUAAAAAUUCUUGAUGUCAAUAAUUCAAGCUGGUACGAGAAUAUUUCGUCAUUUAAAACAAUAAUUAGAACAUUAGAAGGAUGUGUUGAAAGUUUGCUUGUUCAUGCCUUUAUCAAUAUUGAUAACGUAGAAGAGGCAUUAGAUGUGUUGACGGCAAUGUAUAAUUUCUCCAAACGUAAAAGUCUCCAGUCUGAGUUCACACGUAAAGUUGAAGAAAUGUGGAACAUGUUUGGUCAUGAACUGAUUGAGACUAAUAGUAUCAUAUCAAAAUUAGAAAACAAGCACAUAUAUUGCUUACCAAAAUAUUCUGGUAAAGCUUUGAUGAUUCAUAUAAAAAUCAGAAGAUUAAAAAGACUCAAGGAUCUUCUAACUGCUGCACAUUAUCUUCCAAAAGUUUGGUCUAUGGAAGAAAUGUUAACAAUGUAUACAUCAACAACUGACAACAUCAUGAAGAGAAUCGAAGGAUAUCAUACUUAUUGGAAUUCACAAAUUAGCCAACAGCCAAACGUCUAUUUGACUCGCUUUUUAAUUAAUCGUAGUCCAACACAUGGAGGGCUUUUGGAAUGUAAUAUUGACCGCAAAAUUCUUCCAGUAAUGCAAGAAAUAAAAUAUUUUGAUUUUUUGGAAAUGCCAAAUUCAGCCGUUCUCGUUCAAAUCAAUACUAAACAGACAAGAUAUGUUAAUUUAUACAAUAAAGUCGUAAGUGUCGUUCUUCUACACAACAGAAUUCUUUGUGCUUUGUCCGAUAAAGAGAGAUUGCUUUUUAAAGAACACAUCAUGCAAAUGGAUAGAAAGAUAUCACCUGGAAUGUUUCGACUUACUUAUUUGGAUGAAAUGACAGAUAAUUUCAUAAAUGAAUGUCUUAUGCAUUUGGAAGAACUUCAAGAUUUUGUAAACAUCUACAAAAUCAUCAAUAAAGCAAUUGUAAAACUAUUUGAAGACAUUUCAAACAGUUUCUUGCAGUCAAUAAGCGUAAAGACAAUUGGAUCAUUAUCGAAAUUUGUAAGAAAACUAAAAGAAUCGAGAAAUCAAUCUGUCAGAUCAAUAGGAGCUUCAUACAAAAAAGUCAUUGACUAUAUAAUCUGCAUUUAUGAUGGCUUUGAAAGUCACUUGAAUACAUCAGAAAUGGCAGAACGUUGGGCAAACUACAUAAAGAAAAUUGACGGACUUGCUGAGUAUGGUAUUAUCAGUGCAAGUCGCAAUACAUUAAUUGGAAUAUAUGAACUGUUAAAUGGACGGAACAACAUGAAACCUGAUCCAAUUAUUGCAAUUGAAAUCAAAUUGGACACGAGAAAAAUUGAAUUUGAGCCAGAAUUACAACAAGUCGUUAAUACAAUCAAGCAUAUUUACCAUGACCUUACAAAAAGCAUUAAAAUAUUUCCCAGACUUGUUGAAAAGUUUGAGCUGCCAAAUAGAAAUGACUCACAAGAUUUUUACGAAAUAGUCAAUGAUGACAUUGAAUCUCGUGAAGCUUACUUCCAAAUUAAUUCUGUACUCGAGCAAUUUUUGGAAAAAGUCAAUGACUAUAUUGAAACUUGGCUAUUGUUUCGUAUAGUUUGGGAAAUUGAUAUUGAUAAGUUCAUGCAAAAAUAUGAAGAACGUGGAUUGGAUCUUUUUGAAUUUGAGAACAGUAUGAUGAAAUAUUAUGAUGUAUCAAACCAAGUUCUUAUGCAAGAUACAAGCGUGGUUAUCUCAUUUGUAACAUUCGAUUGCACAAAAUUAAAGAAAAGCGUUCUUGAGCACAUUGAGUCAUGGAAAAAGGGUUACAAACAAACUCUUUGCAUGACUAUGAUAAAGAAAUUGGAAAUGUUUAAUGAGAAGUUGACAUCUAGAGUAAAGUUGUUAAGUGAACAACCAACUAAUGGAGCUGAAUUAGAUGCGUUAGUGAAGCUCCAUGAUCAGUCGACAAUGGAGUAUAGAGAACGUGAAGAAGAAAUGGAUGAAAUUAGGAAGUAUCACAAGUAUUUGGAAAAAUACAAAAUUCAUGCGCCAUCAACUCUUAUCACGAAUUUUGAAAACAUGCCAAAGAACUGGAAUUGGUAUUGCCGACGUCUACGAGAAAUUGAUGACGAAUUGUAUAACUUUAAGGAGCAGUUUAAAAUGAGUGUGUAAACUGCAAUAAAUGUCUUGUUUGUUGCUCUAUUCUUAUUAUGUGUGUGUGUGUGUGUGUCUUGGAUUAGCUUCAAAUAGCGACCUCUUUUGAGAAAUAAAUGAUUGUCGA